GCUCUUCACAAUAGAGAGAGAGAGAGAAAGAAAGAAAGUAGUGCAGAGUAAGAGAUUGAGCAAGCGAGAGAGAGAGUGAGAGAGAGAGAAAGAGCGAUAUUUAUCUUCUUCUUAUCAAGUGGUUUUUCAUCCAUCUUUGCCUUAUCAAAGUCAUAUUAGCACUUCAGUAAAACGUUACUGUGAAAGAAAAAGAGUGGCCAAGUGGGCAGAGUCUCGAGUGAGAGCAUCGGCAUAUAUGGAAACCGAAGUAGGAGCUUUUUCCUUCCAAGAACAGAACCAGGCAACCCUGAAUCCAAGACCCAGAUACCUAGACAUGAUCUCUUCCUGGCUAGACCAAGAUGACAUUUACAACCCUACUUUUCCCCAAGAGGUUGAAAUGCUCAACGAUCCUUUGUUCCAAUUCAUAACCUCAGAUCUUGAGUCCAAUCUAUUCUCCCACCCACCAAGACCAGACACCGACGAAUCACUUGUGCACUUGCAUGACUUCGAUCCCCAGCCCAGCCCUGAAAGCGUCCAAAGUGUCGAUACGAAACUGACCCAGAACCAAAUGUUAGUAGACGUGUGCGACGCAUUUCUAGAUAGCGACUAUCUCGGAUUAAUUGCACCGGCGGAGAGUCAAGGUAGCAUCGACGAUCAUGUCUUUCAGUCCAUAAUGGAUUCAACGACGCCAACGCUUGUGGAUUCAGUGGAGGUUGACACUCCUCAACCAAUUAACACUAAUGCUGUUGAUAAUGCAACGACGACGGAACCUCAACCUUACGUUGAAGAAGACGAUGAGGAAGCAACGGAUGAUGACCCAAAGCCAGGUGUGCCGAGUUGUAAGAAUUUGAUUUCGGAAAGGAACAGAAGGAAGAGACUGAGCCAGCAAUUGCUUGCUCUUCGUGCUCUUGUUCCAAAUAUUACUAAGAUGGACAAAAGAUCAGUGUUAGUGGACGCUCUAUCGUAUCUGAAGGGCAUUCACGAAGAAAUUGCACGGCUUCAAAAGGGGGUUAAACAACAACAGCAACCCAAAACGUUGAACAACUUGCCGGAGACAUGGCCGGAUAACCCAACCUCAAUUCCCCGCACCCGGCGGCGGGGGUCAGCUUCCAACGCCACUUCGAGGACCAAACCCCAUAUUAUCGAGAUGGAGACAGAAAAAAUGGAGGAUCGGAGAUUUAUUGUGAAGAUAACGUGCAAGGGUGGCAGUGGUGCGGGAGGAGAAGUUUUAAGAGUGAUGGAGUCACUCGGUUUCGAGAUUACUUACACUUCACUCGAGAGGAUCAAGCCACAAUUUAUUCAAACCACGGUUUUCUUUAGGGUAAGAAAACCCGUGAAGAUGACGGAGGAAAAGCUAAAAAAUUAUAUUGCAAGCACGGCUUUGAAAUCAGGUCUGAGCAUUCAGAAACACUGACGGAGAAGGUAAUUAAUAGCCAUGAUUAAUUUCAGAUGAGAUGGUAUAACAAUCAAUUUGCAGGUAAUUAAUAGCCAUGAUUAAACUAAUGGUAACAGUAGCUUUCAUGGGACCACGUGAUGGAGUCAGACAUAUCACGUGAUUGUAUCUUUAUAUAUAUGGCAUUCUAGGACUUGGGACUCUUUUUUCCAUGAUGAUGUGGUCACUGUAAUAAGAAAGAUGUUUGUACUUGAAUUUCUUCCAUUAUUAGUCUUUAGUCUACAAGAAACAGAAGGGAUGUAUUAUCAAAGCCCAUUUUCGCUUGUAUUCAGAACCCGUUCUCUUCUAAUAAUCGAUUUGCAGCUUCGUCUUUUUUGUAAA